UAUACCUUUACAAAACCAGUGCAUUGUACCAAUUAAACACUCAAGAAAAAGCAACAGGCAUAAAAAAAUUUUUAGCAAUAUGAUAAACAUGAGCGCUAAUAGUACGUGUUUUCUUUGGCUUCUCUUCUCUCUGCUACUUCUGCUGAAUCUUGAUUCUGCAAGUCUCACCGCUUCCAGAGCUUGUAGUCGUCAUUGUGGAGGAAUGCUAUUAGUUGUCCCACAUCAGACACAUAUGUGAUCCUUGGGCAAUAUAUAUGUGUAUGGGCAAUCCUCCACUCUUGAGCUAGCUUUUGGGUGUGAGUUAGGCCCAUCACUAAUAUGGUAUCAGAGCCUAUGGUUAAGCCCAGCAGAUGAUUUCCCAUAUAAAUAGUUGUCUACCUAUGUAGCCUAUAAAAAUGGCCCAUCUUGCUGUGGUAUGUCCGAGAUGUUGGGCUUGGGCUGUUUCCGUUGGACCGUUUCCCACCCACAUCUCGAGAGGGGCUAUUAGUUGUCCCACAUCAGACACAUAUGUGAUCCUUGGGCAAUAUAUAUGUGUAUGGGCAAUCCUCCACUCUUGAGCUAGCUUUUGGGUGUGAGUUAGGCCCAUCACUAAUAAAUGCACAUCCCGUACCCAUUUGGGAUCGGAAUGGGCUGCUAUCUCGAGAAAUGGUACGAAAUUAAAUGUGUUAAUACCACUAUUUCAGGGAAGCACGUCCCUUUUCUUGCCGCAAUUGGGAAGGAAGUUGUGAAUAUCUCUCUUCCAGAUUUACUUCGUAUAAAAAAUCCAAUAGCGUCAAAGGGAUGUUCAAGCCACGGAGAAGAGUCUGAAUUACGUUUGAAUUUGACUGGUACCCCUUUUUCCGUUGGCCCUAGUAAUACACUGAUAGCAGCUGGUUGUGACAUCACGGCAUGGUUGACAAAUAUCGAACCAAGCGUGGUGGGGUGCAAUUCUAGAUGCGGCAAAAAAUCCUAUACAACUACUCAAAGUUUUCUUACACUAGACGAUUGUAUAGGAGAUUAUGGCUACGACGACAUGUAUUGCACUGAAACAAGCUUUGUGGAUAAAAAAAGCUGCAGCGGUACUGGAUGCUGCGAGGCAAAAAUCCCUGAUGGACAUCGGCAGAUUGUUGGUGUCAGAAUAGAUAACGCCACGACAACGGGAGGGUGCAAAGUUGCCUUCUUAACAGACGAAAACUACCUUUUGUCAAAUGGAUCUGAUCCACAAAGGCUCCAUUCUAAACGAUAUGCUACGGUUGAGCUGGGAUUUUUCAUCCAUAUAUCUAACCGUUCUUUUUUCGAUUCUCUCGGAUGCCAUAACUGGGAAAAUUACACUGGAGCAAGAGGAAACAAUGAUAGACGCUCGUAUGGAAUAGGUUGUGUAUGCAAAAAAUAUUCUAGUGUUUCAAGCUAUGGAAGAUGCGGAUGCAUCACCGGUUACAGAGGCAACCCAUACAUUCCAGGCGGAUGCAAAGAUAUUAAUGAAUGCCUAGAAGAUCCAAGCCUUUGUGAGGACGCAGCUUGUGUCAAUCUUCCGGGAGAGUAUAAGUGUUUGCAUGGAAAUCACCGCCGGCCAGUACUUGCAAUUGGAAUUGGUUCGAGUUUUGGGUCGUUGAUUUUUAUUGCUGGAAUAUACUGGGCAUACAAGUUUAUUAGAAAGCAAAUAAGGUUAAACCAAAAGAAGAAGUUUUUCAAGCGUAACGGUGGUUUAUUAUUGCAACAACAACUAACAUCAACGCAAGGCAAUGUCGAAAAUACAAGAGUGUUUACCUCGAAAGAACUGGAGAAGGCCACCGAGAACUUUAGCUUAAAGAGAAUACUCGGACAAGGUGGUCAGGGUACCGUGUACAAAGGGAUGCUGGUCGAUGGUAGAAUUGUGGCAGUGAAAAAAUCUAAAGUCGUGGACGAGGACAAGUUGGAAGAGUUCAUCAAUGAAGUUGUCAUUCUUUCGCAGAUCAACCAUAGGAACAUCGUGAAACUAUUGGGAUGUUGCCUUGAGACACAUGUCCCGGUUCUCGUCUACGAGUUUAUUCCUAACGGUAACCUUUUCGAACACCUUCGUGAUGAGUGUGGUGAUAACAUGAUGGCUACUUGGGAUUUGCGUCUCCUCAUUGCUAUAGAUGUUGCCGGAGCUCUCUCAUACUUGCACUCGUCUGCAUCGUCUCCAAUUUAUCACCGAGAUGUCAAGUCAACAAAUAUAAUGCUGGAUGAGAAGUAUCGAGCCAAGGUGUCUGAUUUUGGAACCUCAAGAUCGGUAACUGUGGAUCAUACCCACUUGACAACCGUGGUUUCGGGUACUGCGGGCUAUAUGGAUCCCGAGUACUUCCAAUCUAGCCAAUUCACAGACAAAAGUGAUGUUUACAGCUUCGGAGUGGUGCUCGUGGAGCUUAUCACCGGAGAAAAGCCGUUUUCUUUCUUGAGGUCUCAAGACAACAGGACAUUGUCAAGUUACUUCACUCUUGCGAUGAAAGAGAACAAACUCUUUGACAUUAUCGAUCCACGAAUCAGAGAUGGAUGCAACCUGAACCAAGUGACUGCAGCGGCAGAUAUUGCAAGGACGUGUUUGAACAUGAAAAGGAAAAAAAGACCGAGCAUGAGAGAAGUGUCCAUGGAAUUAGAGAAAAUCCGUGGGUCGUCUGAAGACAUGCAGUCGCACGAGUACGUUGCUGGCGAAAACAAAGAAGACAAAAACAAGAGAGCCGUGGAAGUUAACAUAGGGGAAAGUUCAUGGAAUGACGUGGCUUUCACCGCUCCAGUUUCUCAAAACAGUGUCGCUACAUCGUCAUCCUUGUCGUUGUCAGAUACUGAACCUUUGUUUCCUCACCAAACUCGGUAGAGUCCCCUACCACCACCUUUUAUCUCAUAUCGUUGCUUUUAUGUUCUACUUUGAUGCUUGUGUGUGCGAGUGUGAACGUACUUUUU